CUGAAAGGUAACACCUUAACAUGGUUGAAUGCACGCUCGAUGGCGAUUGAGUUUUUACGUAGCUCUGCGAAGAAAAUAGAAAAAGAUAAUCCUUUAAAAGCAGCCAGUUUCUGUAAUUUUUUGGAAGAUACCACGUGUGAUAAAAUUUCAUGCACCAGUAUGGAAUUGUUACAAUUUUCUGAUUUAUUUGAAAAUGAGAUAACCAUCAGAAAAUUUCCACACGAUCUAUUGGAGAAUUUGGCCGACUUAUAUGGUAUUUCACAAUCCCAUUUUGAUAGUAAAAGUAUCCUGAUAUUGAAAAUUCUUCUUAGAAUGCUAGAUCUCACCAGUGAAGAUUCUAUUCUGGCGAAAAAUCUUGAGAAAAACAUGAUUGGAAAAAACCAGUUAUUAGAAUCAUGCAAACAACGUGGCAUCGCAGUUUGGAAUUCUCAAGUGCAAACCGACCGAUAUUUUUUGAAAGAGUGGACCAAGAUAAGCUUGCAUGAGUAUACUCCGCCAUCGAUGCUUCUAUUAUCACCUUUUCUAAUUACUAGAAGUAGUUGUGGAUUACCAGCAAAAAUUAUACUACCUGGUAAAGAAAUAGGUAUUUACGAAGAUUCGGAAUGUAUCUCUUCUAAAGUCCGGAGUAGUACCGAUUGUUCGACCAAACAUGAACAAAAACAAGAAAAGCUCUCGCAAUUGAAAUUACUGAGCGAAGCCGAAGAACUGUGUAAAAUUGCAACUGAGUUUAUGGAAAAAUCUGGUGGUAUUCCGUUGAAUUUUGACGAUGUAGUAUUUUACUUACAAAUCCUGCAAAAUCAGAUCAAAAAAAAGGCCGUAUCAAGAAACGAUUUAAAUUCAUUGAAAUAUGCUGUGGAAGAGCAGAAAGAACAUUUUCGGUCGUUUGCGGAAAGAUUGCGUCUAGUUCUUAAAGACGUAGAAGCCAAAAAACAUGAUUUAGGGAAGGCGUUCGAAACGUACCCUUUCUUCGUGUUAUGGGAGAUAAUUCAGAGAAUCAUUUCUGACUACGGCCUCUGGCACGCGUAUGCGAGCAGAAAUUCUCAUUGGAGGAAUGAAAUUCCUAUUCUUCUGCGAUCCGUGAUAGAUUUCGUGCACGCUGAACGUGUCAAUGGUGAGCAGCCCUCGGUGGACGCGAAUUCGACAUCUUUUAUAAUGGUUCCUUUGUACCUAUUUAAAUUACCUAAGAAGAUAUCGAAGAAAUAGUGUUGUACAAAUGUACACUGAUCAGUAAUCAUACUUUGCUAAUUGUUUUGGUUCUAAUUUUUCCCAUGUACUCGGUUUUGAAUAAUAUGUUCCUUUUUCUAGUACAUUGCAAUUUCAUUUUGUUUUGCGUAUUCUGUGAUCAAUUUUUAAUAUUUUUUAUCGUCGAAUAAAAUUAUUGUUAUCCUGUG